AUGUUCGUGGCAUUGAGCGUGCUGAUCUUGACUCUCCUACUUAUUAUUAUAGUGCGACAAAAACCAAAAUAUCCACCAGGUCCCUUUCCAUGGCCUUUUGUCGGUAAUCAAUUUUAUUUAAGAAAAUUAACACGUAAACUUGGUGGACAACAUCUCGCUUUUUUGGAGCUUUGCAAGCAAUAUAACAGUGGUAUUAUUAGUUUGCGACUGGGCUUGAACAAUAUCGUUGUUAUAUGUGACAGUAAACUCAUUCAUGAAAUGCUUCACAAGGAAGAGUUCGAUGGACGUCCGUGGAACGAAUUUAUCAAAAUCAGAAACAUGGGAAUGAGAAAAGGAAUCACUAUGAAUGAUGGUCCAGAAUGGAAGGAAUUACGUUCUUGGUCGGUACGCACUCUAAGGACUGUCGGCUUCGCUCAACGUCAUAUGACCGAGUUGCUUACGAAUGAAUUAGCGAUUAUUCUGGAAAAAUUGAAAGAUCCUAACGUGCGGCAUAUACGACCUGUAAUUUCACCAGUUGUGAUCAAUGUUCUCUGGACGUUGGUCACAGCAAAACGGCCUUCCGAAGAUUCAAGGUUGCAAGUUUUUAUGGAUUUGCUGGAGCGCCGCGCGCGGGUAUUUGAUAUGGCUGGUGGGAUGCUGUCUACCUUCCCCUGGAUACGUCAUAUCGCACCCGAGACUUCAGGAUACAAUAUCCUCCAAACGCUAAACGAUGAACUCAAGAACUUUUUAAUGGACACUAUCAAUGAGCACAAAACAAAGUAUGUCCCAGGAAGCGAGAUAGAUUUCAUCGAUAUGUUCCUCCGUGAGAUGUUUGCGCAGAAAGACAAGGAUACCGUAUUUACAGACGACAAUCUUCUUGUGACGUUGAUCGACUUUUUCAUUGCUGGCGUCGGCAACACAACAGCCACUCUGGACUUCUUCUUUUUGCAAAUAGCCAAUCAUCAGGAUGUGCAACGUAAACUGCAUGAAGAGAUCGAUGCCGUGAUCGGUCCUAAUAGACUUCCCCAAUUGGAAGACAGAGUCAAGAUGCCAUAUACGGAGGCCAUAUUAACCGAAUGUCAAAGAUUGUGGUUGGUCACUCCCAUCAUAGGACCACGUCGUGUGCUUGAGAAUACGACUCUUGGUGGUUACAAACUACCGAAGAACAGCACCGUCUUGAUGAAUGUGUUUUGCAACAAUAUGAAUCCAGAGUUUUAUCCUGAUCCGACUGAGCUUAAACCGGAAAGAUUUUACAAAAACGGGGCUUAUCAACCAGACGAAAAUAUCAUCUUAUUUGGGAAAGGACACAGAAGAUGUCCCGGAGAAGCAUUGGCAAAGACAGCUAUGUUCCUGCUAUUCGUUGGUAUAAUGCAAAAAGUCCGUUUGCUUCCGAUGCCAGGAAAACAGAAAAUCAAAGCGGAAAUCAAUCCCGGAUUAACCCUCUCGUUGAAGCCUUAUGAAAUGUUAAUCGUCUCACGAUAAAAUGGUCUUGAAUGAAAUAAAUUUGCAUUUGUUUCAUUUAACUAAAAUGAAAUAUUAUUUAAGUUUCUGUCAUAAUUUACUUGUGUCUAAUAAAACAACUGCAAAUAAAUUUGAUCAGAAUUAACAAAUCGAAAUAUAGAUAACGUUGGAAUAUGAUGAAAUGUGAUUGUCUUAAAAAUACAUUUUUUUUCUUCUUAAGUUUCUUAAAAUUAUAUAUAUAUUAAAAGAACAAAAGAACCAAGAUGUAGAAAAUCUUAUUAAAAUGAACAAAUUCUAUAAAACUUUAUUUAUAUGUAUAUCUUCAGCCUGGUAUGUUCAAAACGAUAAGAACGUAUCAAAAUCGUUUAUAAAUAAAGUGUAUAAAUGAUAACGUGUGAUACAUUUAUCAAUAAUAUUAAAUCAGAUGAUAAAUAUA